AUGGAGUUUCUUCUGCAGAUCGAGCGGGCCAAGUGCCAACGGCUGGAAGAAAAACAUGCCAAGAAUGAGGAGAUGAAGGAAAAGCUGAUAGAGAAAUUAGCUCAAGUAGAGGCAAGUGUCCUAAAGGUUUGGACUAGCAACAAGCAGGGCAGCAUGAAUUCUGAGUUCUGGCAGCUCCUGCAAAGUGAGAAGGCCAGGCAAGAGGUUAUGCAGUACCAACUGCUGAUGGAGAUAGAUGACAUAAAAAAGAAAUUGGCAGUUAGUGAAGCAUCACUUGAAGUCAAGACUCAUCAGUGCUGUGUUCUAGAGCAGGAGAAACUAUGCAUGCAAAGGGAUAUGCUCAAGCUUGAGAAAAUGGUACAAGACCAAAAUAAUCUGUAUAUCCAAGCACAACAUGACAUACACACCAUGAAGUGUGCCCUGCACAAUAAGGAGCAGGAUGUCUUAACCACAUCCCAGAAGCUACAGGAGACCUUUUCAGCUUCUGAAGUCUUAGACAAGAGUAUCAUAUCCCGAGAGAUGUCUCUUCAGCUGAUGGAGAUUGACAAUGCCAAGCUCCGGGACGUGGCAAAGGAGCAGGCCGGCAGAAUUUCAGUGCUGCAAAAAGAGGCUGAGAAGGUUGCAUUGAUGAAUAAAGAUCUGACUAAUCAGCUCAGUCGACAGGUGCUGAAGCAAACCCUUCUCUAUAUAUAUGCCCAUGGACAAUUGAAGGAGAAACAGAUUGUACUGCUGAAUGAGAGGCAGAAAGCCAUCAAGGUCAAAGCAGAGCAGGAGGCCCUUCAGGAGAGACUGGAAAAGGUGCAAAAUGAAGACACAUUGCUAAGCCAGCAGCUGGAAGUAGCCCAUAUGAAAGCAGAAGCUAGAGAGCAGGAAGUGGCAGACAUGCAGGAGCGUUUGAAAACAAUGCACACAGAGAAUGAGAUGCGUUCCCUGCAGGACAGACUGGAAAAGGUGCAGAAUGAGGGACUGCUACGGCAACAGCUGGAAGUGGCUAAUGAGAGAACAGAGGCAAAAGAGCAGGAAGUUACGCAGGAGCGUUUGAAAACAAUGCAGAUACAGGAUAAGGUGCAUUCCCUGCAGGACAGACUGGAAAAGGUGCAGAAUGAGGGCACACUGCUACGGCAACAGCUGGAAAUGGCCAAUAAGGAAGCCAAGGUAAAAGAGCAGGAAGUUACACAGGAACAUUUGAAGACAAUGCAGACAGAGAGCGAGAUGCUUUUUCUGCAGGACAGACUGGAAAAGGUGCAGAAUGAGGGCACACUGCUACGGCAACAGCUGGAAGCGGCCAAUAAGGAAGCCGAGGUAAAAGAGCAGGAAGUUACACAGGAACGUUUGAAGACAAUGCAGACAGAGAGCGAGAUGCUUUUUCUGCAGGAUUGGCUGGAAAAUGUGCAGAAUGAGGGAACGCUGCUCAGCCAACAGCUGGUAGAGGCCAAUGAGAAAGCAGAUGCAAAAGGAAAGGAAGUGGCUAACAUGCAGGAGCAUUUGAAAAUAAUGCACACAGAGAAUGAGAUGCGUUCCCUGCAGGACAGACUGGAAAAGCUGCAGAAUGAGGGUGCACUGCUACGGCAACAGCUGGAAGUGGCUAAUGAGAGAACAGAGGCAAAAGAGCAGGAAGUUACGCAGGAGCGUUUGAAAACAAUGCAGACACAGGAUAAGGUGCGUUCCCUGCGGGACAGGCUGGAAAAGGUGCAGAAUGAGGGCACAUUGCUAAGCCAAAAGCUGGAAGUGGCCAAUAAGAAAGCAGAGGCUAGAGAGCAGGGAUUGGCGGACAUGCAGGAGCAUUUGAAAACAAUGCACACAGAGAUGCUUGCAGUCCAGGAGAGACUAAAAAAGGUGCAGAAUGAGGGCACAUUGCUAGGCCAAAAGCUGGAGGUGGCCAAUAAGAAAGCAGAGGCUAAAGAGCAGGGAUUGGCAGACAUGCAGGAGCAUUUGAAAACAAUGCACACAGAGAACGAGAUGCAUUCCCUGCGGGACAGGCUAGAAAAGGUGCAGAAUGAGGGCGCACUGCUAAGCCAAAAGCUGGAAGUGGCCAAUAUGAAAGCAGAAGCUAAAGAACAGGAAGUGGCUAACAUGCAGGAACAUUUGAAAGCUAUGCAUGCAGAGAAGGAGAUGGCAGAGACAAACAAGGAGAAGGUCAUGGACCUUCUUGCACAGGAGAGGAAAGAUGGACAGAGCACCCUGUGGAAACUACAGCAGGAUCUGGUCAACACGCAAACAAUGCUGACAAUGUGUGAGAGGUUACUUGAAAUCCACACUCUCUAUUGCAGUGAUCUUGAGGUGGAAAACAUAUCCAUGGAAAAGGAUGUGUGCAUGCUAAAGCAACUGCUGCAGGACAGUGAGGACACUUGCACCCUAUCUGAGAGCUUUAUUUGUAACCUGAUUGCUAAACUUAACAAAAAGGAUAAUGAGAUUGUCACUGCCUCACAAAAGCUACUGGACUGGUCAGAUUCAAGAAACAAAGAGCCAGCCCUUGAAAUGACAGAGAUUCAUGACCAUCCAGAUGGGGAGGACACAGACAAUUGGGACAUGCUGUGGCAAUUGCAGCAAAAACUGGCGGAUGCAAAAAUAAAUCUGUUGGCAUGUCAGGCAUCACUCAAGGUCAGCACUAACCACUGCAGAGAUCUGGAAGAAGAAAAAGAGUCCAUGCAGAAGGAUGUGAUCACUCUCACAGAGAGUUUGCGAGAGAUGGAAAAUGUAUGUGUCCAAUCAGAGAACCAUAUUCACAACCUGAUGGCUUCCUGUGAUGAGAAAGAUAAUCAGAUCUGCGCUCUCUCCAAGCAACUCCAGGUCUUAACAGCUCCUAAAAGCAAAAAAAUGUUUGCAUCUAAAAAGGCAAAAGUCCACGAGGGUGAGGAGAAAGACAGACAGACCACUCUGCGGCAACUUCAGGAAGAACUUGCUGACACAAAAAUGAAAUUGUCUGCACAUGAGGCAUCACUCAAAGUCAACGCUAAACACUGCAGAGCUCUGGAUGAAGAAAAAUAUUCAAUGCGGGAGGACAUGAAUACACUUAAGGGGAAGUUAUGGGAAUGUGAAGACAAGUAUGCCCAGUCAGAGCAGCGUGUUUGUAAUCUGACAGCCUCCUGUGAAGAUAAAGAUCAACAGAUCUGCUCUCUGUUCAAGAAGCUACAGGCCUGCUCAAAUUCAAGAAACAAAGAGCCAGAUCUUGAAAACUCAGAGAACCAGGAGCCUCUAGACUGUGAGGAGACUGACAUACAGAAAACAGUGUCACAAAUUCAGCAGGAACUGGCUGAUACAAAAAUAAAUCUGUCAAUGUGCAAGGCGUCGCUCAAAGUUAGUGCUAACCACUGCAGAGAUCUAAAGGAGGAAAAACAGUCCAUGCAGAACAACAUAAACACACUCAAGAGAAGGCUGUGGGAGAGUGAGGACAAGUGUGCUCAAUCAGAAGAGCUUACACACAACAUGAAGACAUCAUGUGCAGAAAAGUAUCACCAGAUCUGUGCUCUCUCCAAGCAGUUACAGGACUUGGCCUCAAAAAGCAAGAAGUGUAAAAAUGUAAAUAUCCAGGACAGUGAGGAGACAGAUGGGCAGAGCAUGGUGUGGCAACUGCAGCAGGAACUAGCUGACACAAAAACAAAUCUGGUGUCGUGUGAGGCAUCACUCAAAAUCAAGGCUGAACACUGCAGAGAUCUGCAAGAGGAAAACCAGUCCAUGCAGAAGGACAUGGUCACUCUUAAAGAGAGGUUGUGGGAAAGAGAAGACCAGUGUAUCCAAUUAGAGCAGGGUAUGCAAAACAUGAUAACCUGUGAAGAUGAAGAUCAUCAGAUCCACACUCUGUCCAAGAAGCCACAGGCCCCCUCAGACUCAGAAAGCAAAGCACCGGACCUUAAAAACGCAGAGAUUCAGGGGCAUCUAGACAGUGAGGAAACAGAAAGACUGAACACACUGUGGAAACUGCAAAAUGAACUUGCUGACACCCAAGCAAAUCUGUCAACAUGUGAGGUGGCGCUCAAACUGAACACUAACCAGUUGAAAGAUCUGGAAGAGGAAAACCAGUCCAUGCAGAAGGACAUGGUGACUCUCAAAGAGAGGUUGAGGGAGAGCAAAGAAACCUGUGCCCAAUUGGAGCAGCAUAAUUGUAGCCUGAUGGCCUCCUGUGAUGACAAAGAUAACCAUAUCUGCACUCUCUCAAAAGACCUGCAGGUCUUAUCAGCUUCAAAAAGCAAGUCUAAGUCUAAAAGUAAGUCUAAAAAAGCAAAUAUCCAGGACCCAGAGGAGACAGACAGAGAGAACAUGUUGUGGCAAUUGCAGAAGGAAUUGGCUAACACAAAAACAAACCUGUCAACAUGUGAGGCGUCACUCAAAAUGAAGGCUGAACACUGCAGAGAUCUGCAAGAGGAAAACCAGUCCAUGCAGAAGGACAUGGUCACUCUUAAAGAGAGGUUGUGGGAAAGAGAAGACCAGUGUAUCCAAUUAGAGCAGGGUAUGCAAAACAUGAUAACCUGUGAAGAUGAAGAUCAUCAGAUCCACACUCUGUCCAAGAAGCCACAGGCCCCCUCAGACUCAGAAAGCAAAGCACCGGACCUUAAAAACGCAGAGAUUCAGGGGCAUCUAGACAGUGAGGAAACAGAAAGACUGAACACACUGUGGAAACUGCAAAAUGAACUUGCUGACACCCAAGCAAAUCUGUCAACAUGUGAGGUGGCACUCAAACUGAACACUAACCAGUUGAAAGAUCUGGAAGAGGAAAACCAGUCCAUGCAGAAGGACAUGGUGACUCUCAAAGAGAGGUUGAGGGAGAGCAAAGAAACCUGUGCCCAAUUGGAGCAGCAUAAUUGUAGCCUGAUGGCUUCCUGUGAUGACAAAGAUAACCAUAUCUGCACUCUCUCAAAAGACCUGCAGGUCUUAUCACCUUCAAAAAGCAAGUCUAAGUCUAAAAGUAAGUCUAAAAAAGCAAAUAUCCAGGACCCAGAGGAGACAGACAGAGAGAACAUGUUGUGGCAAUUGCAGAAGGAAUUGGCUAACACAAAAACAAACCUGUCAACAUGUGAGGCGUCACUCAAAAUGAAGGCUGAACACUGCAGAGAUCUGCAAGAGGAAAACCAGUCCAUGCAGAAGGACAUGGUCACUCUCAAAGGGAUUUUGCAAGAGACUGAGAACAUGCACACCCAGUCCAAACUACAUAUUUGUAACCUGAUGGCCUCCUGUGAUGACAAAGAUCACCAGAUCUGCACACUCUCUAGGGAGCUGCAGAUCUUAUCAGCCUCCGUGGGCACUGACAAGACCUGUGAGCCGGCAGGGGAGUCACUGGAAACUGUAUGGAAGCUGGAGACUGAAAUAACCAAUCUGCAGGCCAUGGCUGAACAGCAGACAAGUGUGAUUGCAGCACUACAGAAUGAGGUUGCAGAGACUGCAAGGGCGAAAAAAGAUUUGGAGGACAUCAAUCAGCAGGUGAAGGAGCAAAGUUCUCUCCCACUAAAUACAGAUGAAAAAAUAAAGGAAAGAAUGGCAGCACUGAAAGACGAAAAGGAGAAGGCUAUAUUUCAGCAAAAGGCCUUGGAGAAACAACUGGAAGACAUACAAAAUGAGAAAAAUGUGUUCCACCAACGGCUUAAGAAGGCCCAGAUGAAGGAAGAGAUAAUCUUGAGGACAAAGAACGAUUAA